AUGUCGUUCACUCGAUAUUCCCUCAACCGUACCUCAAUUUCUGUGGUUUCAAAUGACCUCCCACUACAGUUCUUAGAUUAUUAUCCAUUUCAUGAAUUCAAACUUGGAUUCUUCAAAAUACCAAGUGAUGAAGGCCACAGCGAUACGUGCGAGCAAACAAAAGAAACUUACCUUGCACGUUUUGCGCUUAACUCGCUUUCAGGCUUUUCGUUUGAUGACGACGAUGGAUUUAUGAAAUUCAUGUUUGCUACAAACGACGUUGUUAAAGAAAUAAUUGAAGAAGCAUCUAAGUACAAUCUCUUGCAACAAGUCCCAGAGAAUAUUUGUGAUAAAUGCUACAUUAUGGUGUUCUUUGCUGAUACCGCGGUUGGCAUGCGAUUUCGGAAACGAUUCAUGAGUGAUGUUUUACAUGCAUUUGACUGUUUAAACAUGCAUACUUCUCAAGAACGCAAUCAUAUUGAUGAGCCAUCUACAAGUUCUGCUUAUCCACUUCUAUCACCGGUUAAACUGAUUUCUAAGGGCAAGAGUGACUCUGCAGGGAGGCCGUGCUUAAUGCAAUCAGUUUGGUUUUUUAGGCGUUUGUCGCAUUCUGAUAUAUGUGGUUCUGAGCAGGAGUCUGAACUUGUUCCUUGUGCAAGUUUGUUUAUCAACCAUUACAAGGCUGAUUCUUACAGGGCUACCGAUUCAGAGAUUCCAUCGUCUCCAGAAAAAGAUGUUGGGUUGCUAACAGUCCAGUGUACUGAAGUGGAGAAAAAUAAAAUAAAAGGAUUUUUUCGUCCCAAGUUUCUCUCUCCAGGCCUUUAUAUCCCUCCACGGCUUUUUUAUUAUUUGGAUGGCGAUUUGCUAUCUCCUUUUGCAAAGAUACAAACUCUCGGAAGUAGGAACCUACUUGCCAGCAUUCGAACGCAUCUUUAUAAACGCGGAGAAAACGGUGGUCUGGAGCAAAUCAGCCCUGCUAGAGAAUUGUCAAACCCGGGUUACUGGCGAGAAGUAGCACAGCUAUGGAAAACCUACGAUGAAGAGAAGCUGCCAAAUUUUGAUUUUGCUUUUAAUAGGCUAACUUCUUUUCUGGAGUGGACUUUACAGACUUUAGAUUUUGUCUCCGAUUUUGGACAGUUAAGCGCUGAAGAGGCUCGUUUUUGUUGUCAAGCAACUUUUUGA